UUAACCGAUCUAGAUUGUGACAGUAUUAUAUCAAUACAAACAAUUUCACAAAACAACAAUAUUACAUUUCGAUAUGAAAAUUUUGUAAAAAAAAAAGGAAAAUUAAAGAGUACUGUAUUCAGAGAAAACAAUAUAGCAGCAGCAAGCAAGCAAUGCAAGACUCAAAAGACUUUAGAGAAUAAAAUAAUAGAGAGACAUCUCACCAAAUCUUCCACAUAAAGCCAAGUAACAAUGGUGGGCCCAAUAAAAACAAAUUUUAAGGGGCCUUCACAGAGGCUUCUAACCAAUCAUGAAUCCAUUAUCACUCUCUCUAUACAAACCACAACCACUAAAACAUUUCCUUUUUUUCUCCUCUCUCUCUCUCCUUCUCUCACAACCACCACCACUUCUCAAUGUCUUCUUCCACCACCACAACAACAACAACCACCACCACAACAACCACCGAGCCUGAUCAGAGAACGUACUGGUGUCACGAAUGCGAUAUGAGUAUCUCCCUCCUCCCUUCAUCACCAUCAUCUCCCUUCCUAUGUCCUCAAUGUAGCCUCGGUUUCCUUGAACGAAUCGAUGACGUGUCAUCAUCAUCAUCAUCUCCCACUCUAUUCGACGUUACAAUCGGUGACGAUGAUGAGGAAGAGGAAGAGGAAGAGGAUUGGUGUUUCGUUGAUCCAACGGUUAAUUCCGAUGAUAACUUCCUCCUCGAUAGUCCUUACCUCCACCGUCUCCUCCGCCAUCUCGCCUCGGAGAACGGAUCCUCCUCCUCCUCCUCUUCCUCCUUUUUGAAAUCUUCCGAUAUCGAUUCGAUUCCAACGAUCCAGAUCUCAUCCUCCAUGAUCUGUUCAACGGAAGAUGAUUCCGAUUCCGUCUCCCUCUGCGCCGUGUGUAAAGAAGAUUUCACCGUCGGAGAAUCCGCGAAGCGACUACCGUGUAACCACAUCUACCACUCCGAUUGCAUCGUCCCGUGGCUAACGGAUCACAACUCCUGUCCUCUCUGCCGAUUCGAGCUCCCCGCCGCGGAGAAGAGAGGCGAAACCGUCAGAUUAUCGGAUCUGGCGAUGACGAUCGUGGACGGGGAAGAGGAGGAGGACGAUUGGCUCGGGAUUAGGAACGCGUUGAGGAGGCUGGCGCGGAGGCAUGAGCAGAUGAGAUUGGGCGUGGGGGAGAUGGAGAGGAAUCUGGCGCGGACGGUUACGGGUUUGGAGAGUGCGAUGAUGAGAAGGGAGAGGGAUUGAUUGAUGAAGGGAGCGUGACGGCGCGUGUUUUGUUGUUUUUUAAUAGUUUGAAAAUGGAAAUAAAGCGCGUGUGUUUUUUUUUUUUUUUACGGAUUCGGCGUUUUAAUUUUGGUUCUUGGUUAUGUUACAUGAACGAGAGUUCUUGUUUUCUAGUCAAAUCUGCAAUAAUUGAUUAAAUAAAACGUUAGAGGUAAUGAUUGUUCUAACAUUUUCAUUGGAAUGUAGAUCAAACAAAUCUCAACAACAACAAAAAAUCAUUCUAAAUUCCCA